CAUGCGAGCAGCUAUUCGCCUUCGUAUUCAUGUAAUGCAAUACAUGACGUUACGUCUACCUCACACUCGUUGAACAGCGCCAAACGAUGUAUCGCGGACAUUGGCAAUAACUUAGUGUUAGGCACCCAGGCAGCUGCCUGCCAUGCCUCGUUUAAUGCAGGUCCCGCAUAUGUACCAACUCUCGCCUGCCUUGCGCUAAGGCCGACCAUAAAAGUCCGUCGAUAGCAUCUCAGCCUCUUAGUACUAAAUCAGACACCUUUUGAGAGUCAUGGCCUCUCUCGUCAGCCUUUCCGCCGAGCUGAAGCUCAGUAUCAUCGAACAGCUCGAGCUACAGUCGGGUUCAUUCAUCCCUGCUCCCUCUCUCGAUCUUCUGAGCCUGAGCCGGUUUCCAAAUCUGGAGUGUGUGAUCGUCGAAUUUCGCUGCAGCAGAGCCAAGGAAAAGGAGGAAGAAAUAUACAGCCAAACUUACGACAUCUUUGAGGAGCUGGAGGAACCCCAGAUGACCCUUGGAAUAGAGGAGGCCGAUGCGUUCCGGUCAUUGACCAAGCGUACAUACGAUGCGAUCGCCCAAAACCCUCCGUACACUAUCAAGAGCCUCGAACUACGCAAUGUUGUAGCAAAGAGAUGCUCUGCUUGGGAGACUUCUGCGUUUCGUGCGCUGCUGGAAGGUCUCUCUGCAUUCAAGAUUUCAUUGCGAGGGGGCGACAACGGAGCAGGUUGGCGAAUUAACAAGGUCGCUGCGUACCUCUCUUUUGUCGGGAGCUUAGAUACAAUUUUCCUCGGAUUCGCGAACAAUCUCAAGCAUCUCAGCAUCUCUGCGACUACCGACGGCCCGCCUGGUCUAGCAGAGGGAAUGAACAACGUCGAGCUUCCAUUGAAGGAAGACAUACUCAAGAACCUAGAGAUUCUAGAACUAGAGCAUGUCUUCAUCAGCAAAGAUCUCGCUGCUUUCAUUGUAGCGCAUGGCAGCUCGCUCAACACCAUC